AUGAAAAAAAAGACAGUGAGCUCGUUUAGCUGGUGCUCAUCAUCAGUUGUCCUUGUGGCGCGCAGUUGGUCGCGACGCUCACUUGACCCAACGCCGCUUUGCCCGGGCUUUUCAUCCAUCACCGAAGAGCCGCGUGGUUCUUGUUCCGCCUACGCCCGGUUUCGGGAAUUCGAAAAAGGAGGGUCACUUCCUUUGGCGUCUCGCGGGGCAAAGCAUGACGUGGACACGCAUGAAAUUGAAGAGAAGGUUGAGCGGUUGACUACUGAAGAAGACAGUGUUCUUUGGUUAGAGCUGCAGGCCUGGCAAAAUGGACGCACGCUAAUGGAGCAGUUUGAGUACAUGGAAACCAACAGGGCCAAGGUGGACUCGAUUUUGGAAACGUUUAUGGAGUUCAAGUAUGAAAGGAAGCGGCUGAGAACUGAAUCGCCGUCUCCAUCUCCGCCAAAUUUUGACCGUCAGAGUUCUGGUUAUGUGAGUGAUGGCUACGCAGAAUCGGACAGGGCAAACGGCGGCUCCCCGAAUCCUCGAUUGAGUCCUUGUGCCAGCAGCAGUAGAGGAACGGAAUGCAGCAAAAGCAGAGAUUCUUAUAUCGAUCUUGACCCUUGUCCUGGAUGUCUCAGCUUGUAUUGCAAGGACUGCAUUGCCAACACUAACUACGCUUUGGAGAAAGUGAAAGCCCUGCUGGACAAGCUCGACUGGGUGGAGCAUUUGUAUCCAUCCGGCAGAAGUCUCGCAGACUCUCACCCCAUCUACCGGCAUCCUGUUUUCCUAUCGAAACUCAAGCUCGUGUGCAUGUGGUACAAUAUCACGAUCGGCCUCAGGGUUAAAAUUGGGCUCUUGGGCCGGACGUUGUUUGUAGGACUCGGUCCAACGGAAGUCCCGUGGCCGGACUUGAACUUGGGGGCGACAUCUAGGCUCGCGCAUGAGGUGCGCAUCGCGAGCAUCGUCCGCUCGUCGCCGAAAGUGCGGUUUUCCCUCGGGGAAUUGCACAGUGGCUCUGGGACUGCUGAGACAUCUGUCAACGAAUCGCAAGAGGUUGUGGAAGAACCCUUGCCGCCGCCGCCAGGGGGCUUCUGUCCACUGGGCUCUACUCCGAAGGGCCUGAAAGAAGCUGCUGUGGCCCUGUUGAGCUCCACAUCCAACAAGUCUAUCCAGAUGAGCUCUCGGAAACUCAGUGACUCUAGUCUCAUGCUGCAUUCCGAGUCACACAGUCCCUAUAGACCGUACGUAGAGAAAUUACUGAAGACCCUGGGCCAGAGGAAAACUUUGGACCAGCUGCGCAAGAUUUUCCAGGAUUCACUGGGCAAAGUUUAUGAUGCCCUGCCUCACGAUAUCAACUUCAGCGCCGUCGAUAUCCACGCUUAUUCAAGGGAGAAUUCGUUCGCAGGGUUGUCGACCAGUCCGAGUUCGCCUCAGGUGCUCAUGGGAUUCGGCACACCGGAAUCCGGCAUGAAUACAGUGCCAUCUAGCGACGGAAUGGAGAAUGCACUGGGCCAGCCCCUGUCCAUCUCGUCCCUGGGACUCCCGAGCUUCAAGCCAGUGUAUUUAUUCUUGUGUAGGAUCCCGCUUGACAUCAUGUACGAGUGCUUGUCGUCCAAGUUGGAUCACCAGCCGCAAAAGCCACCAAGUCCCUUGUCCCUGAGGCAAUUGUUGUACGAGUGCAAGGAGACGAUUUCGGGAGCUGUUAUGAUUCGCCAGAGGUUCCUCCACUUUGCUACACCGGCAUAUUUGGACGCUUCCGACGCUGAUAUUGAUUUUCAUAUCCAGGAGAUCGAGCGAUUCGAUGCUCACGCGAAGAGGAUCCUCAUCUAUUACUUGGACUAUUUGUGCCAAUGGGUGUUGUUAUUGCUGAGGGAUAAAUCCGGAGGAGGAUUAGGCGGAAGAAAAGGGGGAACCGGGCAAGAAAAGAGCUUGCUGGACGAAGAAUGGGCAUUUGUGCGCAAGAACUGCUCGCACAUUCGUGGUGGAGAAAGCGUCGCUGCUCGAAGGUUUUGUUUCCUCGCGUCGAAUGUCUUGGAUGCCGUUGGGGAAGGACUGGAGCAAGGAUUCAACGAGUGCACUUCCGCUUUGUAUGACGCGUCAGUUCCUGCCGGAAACGAGGACGAUGACGUGCGAUUGAUGAGAAGAGUUUCCUCAUGUGCUGAUCGGCCGUCGAGUAACGUCGAUGACGACGAUGAUGAUGGCAGUGCUGCGGAUGGGAACGACGAGGACGACACGAGCGGGAAAUUGCUGACCUCGAAACAACAAAUUCUGCAUUCUUGUCGCAAAUUUCAAGUGAUAUUCCGGGAAGCUCGAGAGAAGGCGCUGAAAGCUGUGCUGUUCGCGAGAAUUCUUCGGAAAGAUCUUGAAAUCGCAACUGAGUACAAAAUCCAGGCCAAACCGACAGAUUUGUUGCGUCAGCUCCGCGACACCGAACACAUCCGAGUCCUCGCUCCGCAUUCGGAAAACCAGCUGUUGCUCGUUCCUCGGUCCUUGGAGAACAAUCUCACGUAUAUCCUCAAGCUUAUGGAUAUGACUCUUGGACACGAUGAUCCCGAGUACGAAGAGGAGAAAGAAGACGAAGACAACGAUGACAAUGUCGAAGGUGUGCACAAUUCCUGCGAAGGGAAAUACCUGUUGGUCAUGGCCACUUCCGAAGUUGACGGGUAUCGCAAACAGGACAUUGACGAUUUCUGGGCCUCGAGGACCAUCAAGGUGAAACCCACAGCAGAUAACGCGAUUGCUUUGUCGCGUCUGGAAGUACAAGGACUGCUGUUGGUAGUCAACCAUUCCAGUCAUUUGCUGGAACAGCGGGAAUUGUUCCAGUCAUUGAUCGGAGGGCAAGAGUACGUUUCCGUGUUUCGUGACCAAGUUUCGCCACAUUGUGACAUUGCAGACUCUGUGUAUGAUCUCAAGUACGAGGCCCUGUACUUGAGAGACAAGAUUGAUCAUUCAAUCGCGAGUGUGACUGAAAAACUCGCCAUCGUUAAAACAAUCGAAGAAAGCGACCGGACCGCCGUGAUGGCGCGAGCCCGAGAAAUUCUGCACCAGGGCUACAAUUUUGCGUUUGAGUAUCAUAAAAAGGUGAAAAAGUUGCUGACGGGACGGCUGAGGGCCGACUCUCGGAUCGGGCGAGGAAUGGUUGACCUGGCCAGGAACUGGAUGCGGUUCGUGCUGGACUGGUGCGAGCGGGGCCGAGGACUCCGCCCGCGCUGGGCCAGCCAGGGCCUCAACUUCCUUACGUACGCGUGUGACCCUCAAAACCUGGCCACACUCACGGACGACGAGUUCGAGGACCUGCGGAAGUUGAUUGAUCAGUGCAUUGAUCACGCGAUCGGGGAAAAAUCCCUGCCUGAAGAUUUGGAGGCGGACCUGCUUGGCGGCCCGCCGCCUAUCCUGCGCGGACGAUCUCACUCCCCGAUUCCGCCAACGAGGCCCUAUUACAGACCUUGCAUAUCGAACCCUGGUCCAUUAACUGAAAACCAACUGUUGGCUCUGAUGAGGCGAUCGUCUCUGCGGAAUCUGAGCUAUGCGCAGAUUGUCAGCCCAACGAUCUCACACAUAUCGGCGAAUUACGAUUCGUCAGCGUCGAAUACGACGCUUGCCAGCACGGAAAAUGGCACGAAUGAUGUCGAUAAGGAAGGCAUGAAUGACUCCCCGCUAUUUCCCGGGUUUGCGAAUAAACUCCCUCGCAUGGAAAAGAUCAGAGCAGCGAUUGCGGAAAAGGAGAAAGAACGAGAAGAUCAUUUGCACGAGGAAGGUUUGAUUGGCAGGGUUUCUGGUUCUGCCCCGGAGGCACGGGGACGACUCAGACUCAAGGCUGUCAACUUUUCUUGGCAAAAGGGAGUGAAAAUUGGUCAAGGCAGGUUUGGUAAAGUUUACACUGCUGUCAAUUUGAAAACCGGGGAGAUGCUGGCUAUGAAAGAGUUGCCGUUGUGUCCGUCGAAGGAUCCUGAGAAUAAGGCUGCUGUCAGUCGACUGGCUUCAGAAAUCAGAUUAUUUGAGAACAUCAUUCAUCCCAAUUUGGUUCGAUACUAUGGUGUUGAAAUUUUGAGGGAGGAAAUGUUGCUGUUCAUGGAGUAUUGCAACGAAGGAACGCUCGAAAGUUUGGCCGAAAGCAUGGCGGAGAAAAACAACAUGGCUAAAAAGGCCCUCGAGCAUUCAGGGAAACACAAAACUCAUCAUGAAGAGGGCAUUCCGGAGAGUUUGGUGAGACGAUACACAGCACAAAUUACUUCAGCCAUCAACUGCUUGCAUGACCACGGAAUUAUUCAUCGAGAUAUCAAAGGGGCGAAUAUUUUCUUGACUGACGGUGGGCAUUCCUGCAAACUGGGGGAUUUUGGGUGCGCUGUACAAAUCCGCGGUGGCGUGACGUUGCCCGGGGAACUCAAGAGUUUCACUGGAACCCCUGCGUUUAUGGCUCCGGAAGUGAUUUCAAGAGACCAAGGGGAACGAGCUGAUGCUCGACAUCGACACUACAAUGGUGGCAAAGACCGCGACACCAACAAUGACGAAGAGGCAGCGAAUUCCAGUGACCCUGGUUAUGGUCGUGCGGCCGACAUUUGGUCCCUGGGCUGCGUGGUCAUUCAAAUGGCCACUGGGCGGAGGCCGUGGUCUGAACUGCGAGACAGUUACCAAAUCAUGUUCAAGGUCGGAAUGGGAGGGAAGCCACCGACUCCCAUGCACUUGAGCAGGGAAGGAAAAAACUUUUUGGCGUGCUGUCUUCAAACUGACCCGAACAAGCGGAAACUUGCUUCGCAACUCAUGGAUCACUGUUUUAUCAAGGUUUGCGAAGACGACAUCGUGGAUGCUAUAGAUUCCUGCAGUGCACCUCCUCCUUCUAUGGACACGAGGGAGAAGAAAUACAGUCGGGUUGAAUAUUUGAACCCCUCGAGAUAUGCUCCAAAGCCUGGAUACAAUUUCUCUUGAUUCAAAAUGGCAGAUUUAAUUCUUCAGUUGGCAUACUUGCGAGUUCAAAAGACAUACGCGGAAAGAUGAGUUGGAAUAUUACCUGAGAUACUCUUGCUUAAUACAGUAAAGUAUAUACUUGCUGAUGAGGGAUUGCGUCACGCACUGAUAUAUAGAGAUUAAUCAUUCAGAUUCAAUUUGGAUCGCUCUUUCUGUUUUUCAUUAAAUUAGAUUAAAUUGCUCAUCACAUCAUUCCAAGGAACAAAAAAAGGAACAGAAUCUUGGUUUUAGUCGAAAUGCGGGAUUUAUAUGAGUAUAUUCUAUAUACUGUAGCGUUGAAAUCACGACGAAGACAUAGGAAAUCGCGCGUUUGAGAUGAUUGAGCUGCUGUUCGACGUUUAUGCUUGUAUCUUGGCUGGAUUUUAUUAACCGGAGAAGAUCCUUCUGUUUUUUGAUGUUAUUGUUUUGUUUUUUAAGUGUGCAAUUGUAUUUUAGUUUUUGGGUGCCGGAAAACUUCCCCGGCAUUUUCCUCCUACGUUGACCCCAUUCCGCUUAUAUAUGCAGCAGUUAUAUGUUGUCUGGUCCAUGUUUGUUAGCACUUUUGAAUCAUUCCAAACUGGUCAAUCGAUUUUUCUCGUUGUGUUCAAGUGAGUUGCCUGCAGGAUUUUAUGUGUCUAUGGAGGAAGUGAUCCGCUUCACAAAAAAAAUGUGUCCAGCAGGUAUAUGCAGCAGUGUUGACAUCCAUGGAUUUGGGGAUAACCGUGGAUUUUAUUUUUGGGUCGGGUAAUGGAUGACGUUUUGUGCUGGAAAUGUGUUUCUUGAUAUCAUCGUCUCAAUAAAAUAGAAAUUUGAUUUUCA